GUUAGUGCGGAAGUGGAACUUCUGGAAGUUCACCCUGCUGUAUCAGGACGCUGGUGUUGGUCUUUCGCCUCCUUGCCAUUAGUGUGCAGAAAUAGAGAAUAACAUCUCACAGGAAUGGCUUUGUCUUUCGAGGGAAGAGUCGUUCUCGUCACUGGGGCCGGAGGAGGCCUCGGCAAAGAAUAUGCACUGGCUUUUGCUGAAAGGGGUGCCUCAGUUGUAGUGAAUGACCUUGGGGCAGACACUAAAGGGGGCGGAAAGAGUUCUGCAGCUGCUGAUAAGGUGGUGGAGGAGAUAAGAGCGAAGGGAGGCAAGGCUGUGGCAAACUAUGAUUCUGUAGAGGAUGGAGAAAAACUGAUCCAAACAGCACUGGAUACAUUUGGAAGAAUAGAUAUUGUUGUAAACAAUGCUGGGAUUCUUCGUGACAGAUCGUUUGCCAGGACGAGUGAUUUGGACUGGGACCUGAUUCACAGAGUGCACUUGAGAGGAUCCUUCUUGGUGACUCGAGCGGCCUGGAAUCACAUGAAAAACCAAAAGUUUGGCAGAAUCAUCAUGACAGCUUCAGCCGCAGGCAUCUAUGGUAACUUCGGCCAGGCCAACUACAGCGCUGCCAAGCUGGGCAUGCUGGGCCUUUCAAACACCUUGGCCAUUGAGGGGAGGAAGAACAACAUCCACUGCAACACUAUUGCUCCUGUAGCUGGGUCGCGCCUCACAGAGACGGUCAUGCCCCCAGAUCUGGUGGCGUCUCUGAAGCCUGAGUAUGUUGCUCCAAUGGUCCUCUGGCUCUGUCAUGAACAAUGCCAAGAAAAUGGAGGUCUGUUUGAGCUCGGUGCAGGCUGGGUUGGUAAAUUGCGCUGGGAGCGUUCUCAGGGCUGCACUGUGAGACAAAAGAACCAGCCCAUGACUCCUGAGGCUGUUAGAGACCAGUGGGACAAAAUCUGUGAUUUUACAGAUGCCACCAAGCCAAACAAUAUACAAGAGUCUCUACAGUCAGUUGUGAGCGUGCUGUCUCAAGUGGAGUCUGAAGGAGAAGUCGACGCCAAUCCAACAGCUGCUCUAGCACCUGCAGCGUCUACUUCAGGGAUCAAUCCUGCUGAAGCAAUAGGACAAAAGAUACCAUCGACCACAUUCAGCUUCAGCCAUGUUCAGUGUAUCCUCUACGCUUUGGGGGUCGGCAUGUCCACUCAGGACCCAGACCAUCUAAGGUUCCUGUAUGAAGGCCAUUCAGAAUUCAGCGCCCUACCCACCUUUGGGGUCAUUCCAUCCCAGGCAGCCAUGAUGGAAGGUGGCCUGAGCUCAGUCCCCGGACUCGACAUUGAUUUCACACAGGUGCUGCAUGGAGAGCAGUAUCUGGAGAUGCUCAAACCCUUACCGACUUCAGGUACACUGACCUCUGAGGCCACAGUAGCAGACGUGUUGGACAAAGGAUCUGGAGCCAUAAUCCUCCUGGAUGUAAACACCUACAGUGGCAACGAGUUGAUUUGCUACAACCAGUUUUCAGUGUUUGUGGUCGGAGCCGGAGGGUUUGGAGGGAAGAGAACUUCUGAGAAAGCCAAGGCCGCUUUGCCUCCACCUAAUCGAGCACCAGAUGCUGUGGUGAUUGAUUCCACCACAAAAGACCAAGCAGCCUUGUACCGUCUGAGCGGAGACUGGAACCCUCUCCAUAUAGACCCUGACUUUGCAGCAAUGGGAGGCUUCAAGGCUCCCAUCCUGCACGGCUUGUGCUCGUUCGGCUUUGCUGCGAGACACGUCCUCAAGCACUUCGCCGGAAAUGACCCCUCCAGAUUCAAGGCUAUCAAGGUUCGCUUUGUGAAGCCGGUGAUGCCGGGUCAGUCACUGCAGACUGAGAUGUGGAAGGAAGGCAACAGAAUUCACAUUCAGUGCAAAGUGAAGGAGACGGAUGCUGUUGUGCUAUCUGGAGCCUACGUGGAUUUACAUGGCUCAUCGGAGGCUUCUCCAGAAGAUCUUCCUCAAGGAGCAAGCCUUCAGAGUGAGCUGGUGUUCGCAGAGAUUGGUCGUCGUAUCAAAGACUUGGGCCCGGAGCUGGUGAAAAAGGUGAAUGCUGUGUUCGGCUGGGAGAUCACUAAAGAUGGCAAGAGCUCUGCAGAGUGGACUAUCGAUCUGAAGAAUGGCUCUGGCUCUUUGCACAAAGGCCCUUACAGCGGAAAGGCGGAUGUGACCCUUACACUGUCUGAUGAAAACUUCAUGGAGGUGGUGCAAGGGAAACUCAACCCUCAGAAGGCAUUCUUCUCCGGCAAGCUGAAGGUUAGAGGCAACAUCAUGCUGAGUCAGAAGCUGGAGGUCAUUCUGAAGGACUAUGCCAAGCUGUGAGCUCCACAAACGACCAAUCAGGCAACUCCAGGAACCAACCAGCUCUCUCUCUCUCUCUCUCUCUGUCUGUCUGCUCCUCUCAUCCUGAUCUGUGUCUGUGUACUUACAUGGUUUCCCUCUCAAGGGAGAGGCAUGAAGAAAUGACCCAGUAAUGAUUGUACUACUUCAGGAUGAGCUCUGUCACUUAAAUGAACUUUCAUUGUAAUCAUACUAUGUACAAAGGCUCCUGAAUAAAAGAGAGGUUUGCUUUGUUGUAACACACAGAUCCAGAUCCAGCAUGUGCUUGUACAACUAGGAGGAAGGAUCAGGCUCUAAACACAGACUGGAGAAUACACAUUGACGUCAUUUCGGCAGGUUGAAGUUCACUUUGUCCUCAUGGUCUGUCCUCCCUAAAUGUGCACUUCCAACAUGAGCCUUUAAAGUUAACUUCAAGGUUGAAUAACAGUUUGUAAAUACAACUAAAUACAAUUAUAAAAAACAAAGUAUAAAAAUGAUUUAGUACAAUGAAACAAAGCAGAAAUAAACGUCCACUUAAUUAGUCUCAACAAGUGUUGAUUAGAGGGAAUCAUGAUUCUGCCUUACUCUGGAUAAAUGCCCUAGAGGAAGAGAAAACACUGAUCAUCUAAAUCUGCCUGAGUGCAAAAUUAUUUUUGUGUUUUUUUUAAAAUUAUAAUCUAAAACUAAUUCUUCAGUCUGUUUAGUCAGAAACUGUUAUCCAUCCAAAUUAUUUUUAACACUUAAACAAUGAAGAGUUUACGACACAUCUCACUACAAUUUGUAUGUCACUGUUAUGAAAUCUAAUGGUUUAAUAUAAUAAAGUAUUCAGAUUACAA